ACAAUAAAUUAUAACUAAAUUUAAUUAAUUUUAUUAAAUGUAAUUAUAUUUAAUAAAACAUACACUAUGCUUACAUCAUGGACACAUGUGCAACGUGUUAGCAGAUUAUAUAAAAUGAUUUUGAGGUUACAUCGUAGUUUACCGAAAGAUAUUAAAGAAUUAGGCGAUGUUUACGUUAAGAGCGAAUUUAAAAGACACAAAAAAUGUAAUUCUUACGAAGCUGACGUAUUUAUAAAAGAAUGGAUGGAUUAUGCACUAAGUUUGUCAGAUCAACUUAAUAUACGAAAUUCAUUAAAUGCCAAAUCAUUAGGAAAAUCACUUAAAAAAGAAGAUUUUGAAAUACUAAGAGAUGAGCAAAUUUAUCAGUUAUAUGAAUUAAUGAAGGCUGCAACACAAGAACAAAGCAAAAAUGAAUGAAUUAAAAUAAUAACACUAAAUGCUAAUCUCAAAUUAAGUAAAAUGUAC